UGUCGCCAUGGCUCGUUUCUCUGCUUUAAUUUUUGUGCUCGGCGCGACGUUGGCCUCCGCCACCGACGGCUUCACGACCGUCUACGAGUGGAAUAAAAUGGACUUUGACUGGCCCUCUGAGGAAAACAAGUUGGAAGCUGCGAGAAGAGGUUUCUUAUCCGAACAAAUUAUUCCUCGAUUCAUGGCUGUGUUCGGCGAGAGGCUCUUCCUCAGCCUUGUACCUUUCAACGAUGCCUCUCUGAGCACCCUGGUCUGGCUGCCAACAAACCCCACAUCCACAUCUCCUAAAAUAAAUCCUUACCCGUCCUGGGAAAUGCAUGGAACAGCUUGCGACCAAAUGCAAGAAGUCAGGGGUCUGAAAGUGGACUCGGACGGUCGUCUCUGGGCUUUGGAUGACGGCCGAAGAGACGAUUGUUUGCCCAAGCUGUGGAUUUUCGACUUGUCCAACGAUUCCGUUUCGCUCGUACACCAGUUUCCGGAAAAAGCCGUGUCCCAUAGCUACGAAUCAAGGUGGCUGCAUGACAUAGAGCUGGACCAAUGGAACGGCGACUGGCUGGCCUACAUUUUGGACAUCAGAGCAGAGGCCCUCGUCGUUUUCAGCCUGGAUAAAAACAAGUCGUGGCGCUUGGAGACGCACGGAAAACCUUUAUACACGAUCGCCCUGUCUCCGAAAGGAAAUGGAAGACAGCUGUACAUCGGUGAGUCCAGGAGCAAAGCGAUAUAUGCAAUUUCAGUGGCUGAACUGAGGGCUGGAAACAAAAAAGUGCAGUUGAAUCAAGUCGGCAACUGGUCUUCACGGUUUUGCUACAAAAUGAUGUCAGACAGCGCCGGUUUCCUGUAUGCAGGGUGUGAAGCGAAUGCCACAAUCUUUAAACUAGAUUCCAGGGACUUCUUGCAAGUGGAACGCUAUUAUCAGGACGAGGAUGCAUUUGAAGUGACCUUUUCAUUGGACACCUUUGAGAAUUUCUGGAUGAUGGCCACGGUUAAGAAUGGAACACAGAGAUUCAACAAACUACUGGUUAAAUCGUCAGCUGGUUCUCCCAGAAGAAUAAAAAGGACAAUUAUAAGAGUAAUAGAGCCCGCUCCGACACCCAGUGACCUAAUUUCCGUCUUUGAGUGGGAUGAAUUCGACUUUUGGUCUUCAAAGGAGGACAGGGAGAAGGCCCUAAAUGACAAAACCUUUGUACCAGACGAUGUCAAACUGCAUUACAUCGCGGUGAAAGGCCAUAGGAUAUUCCUUGGCUUCCCUCGAAACUGUGGUAAUGGCGUUCCCGUGACUCUCGCCUGGAUACCAACGAAAAACGCGUUCUCUGCGCGCCCCAAACUACUGCCCUAUCCUUCCUGGCAAAUGCAGAAAAGGGGUGACUGCAGCGCUUUGCAGGAUGUCAGAGGCCUGCAAGUGGACUCUUUGGGUCGCCUCUGGGUCGUGGACGACGGCCGUGACUCAGUUUGUCGUCCAAAGCUGUGGAUAUUCAACAGCAAUGACCAGGUGGAGCUAGUUUACGAGUUUCCUGGCGAUCUAGUGUCCCGCCAUGGCACUAGUUGGUUGACUGAAUUGGCGUUGGAUGAGACGCCAGACGACUUCUUCGCGUACAUCGCCGACACGAUCGAGACCUCAACAGAACUCGUCGUUUUCAGCUUGAAAGCAAAGAAAUCGUGGCGAGUGAAAACAAACGUGAAAAACAUCGACGGUCUUGCCCUUUCGCCUCUGAAAGAGAGAAAGAACCUCUACUUCGGCAGCUUAUCCUCACAAGUACUAUACUCGGUGCUCGUCAAGGAUCUCAGGGCGGGGGUUCACCAUCCAACUGUCACAUUCGUUGGAAACAAAACGGCGCCUUCCAGGAGAAUGGCCAUGGACAGAAAUGGACGCUUGUAUUUUGACUUGGUCUUCAAGAAAUCCAUCGGCACUUGGGACACCAAUUUCCCCUUCAAAGAAGAAAUUUUGUUCACGGAUAGCAAUGUUCAGGAUAUUUGGCCAUACUUUUUUGUUUUCGACACGUCAAACAAUCUCUUCUUGAUGGCUAAGUUUUCAUCGAAUCCAAAGCACAAAUUAUUCAAGGCUGCAGUGGAAAUCAACACUAAAUCUUACUUUUUCGACAAUUCCACAACUAAUCAAGAUCUUGAUUUUUGUAGAGUAAACGACGGAGUUUGCAAAAAUGGUGGCUCUUGCGUGAGUCUGGGUGAGCAGCAGGCGAGCUACCGGUGCGAGUGUGCGUCAAACUUCUCUGGCCGCCACUGCGAGGCGUCCGAGGCCAAGCAGGUCACGGCCAUGGUCCGUCCCGCUGUAGUGGAUACAAAUAAAACUAUCGAGACAGUCGUUUUUAUCACUGAUAUCGAUGAUGAAGAUAAUUAAAUUAAUUGAUAUUAAAACUCAAAAUAAACUCUGAAAAUAAAGACAAACCCAAUUUCAUCCUUAUUAGUAAUGCACGCAAUAAAUAUAUGAUUCAAAUAAACUCUGACCCAUUUGGCCUUUCUCUGUUCGUUCAGAUUAAUAAAUUUUAAAUCUGCAGUUC